UAUUUUCACGUGCCUAUUAAACAAAGUUUAAAAAUAGAUAUUUUCGAAUUGUUUUCUUUCAUUUUCUCAAUUUUAUUUAAAAAUUAUAAUGGUUGAUAAUAAACUUUUGCCAAAAUUAUCUCAAAAUUUACUCGAAACUUUAGAUGAUGAAGAAUAUUAUGAUAUUAUAAUUGAGGUUGGCAAAGACCCUGACGUAAAAAUAUUUCGUGCUCAUAAAAUCAUUUUAAAUUAUCGUUCACUAUAUUUGCGAAGAGUUUUAUCAACCAAUAAGAAGAAGAAUGACGAAAUUUUGACACAUAUAAGUUUACCAAAUAUUUCACCAGAAAUUUUUCAAAUAAUAUUAAGGUAAUAAAAAUAUUAAUUUAAAAAAUUCAAUGUGUUUUUUAAUAAAUAAUUUCUAAUAUAUCAUCAUUUUUACUUACUAGAUAUAUCUAUGGAGGAAUAAUUCCAUUGGAAGAAUAUGAUAUCUUAAAUAUUGUUAAAAUUUUGAUUACUGUUAAUGAGCUUAAUCUUCAAGAAUUAAUACCUUAUUUAGAAACCUUCUUGCUUGAAAAUAAAGAAAAUUGGGUGGAACAACAUUUUGAUUUAAUAUAUCAAAUGAGUUGUGAAAAUGAUUCUUUCUUAGAAAUUCGGAAAUAUUGUAUUGAUUUGAUUUCCAAAGA